AGUGAUGUUUUUCUGAGCAGGUGCCGCCAUCUUGCUGCUCCCGUUAACAUGCCGGGGCUCGCGGAGAAGGAGUCCGAGCUCUCCGAGCGGAUUGAGAGCUUUGUGGCCGAGCUGAAGCGGGGAGGACGGAGGCCGAGCUCGGAGGAGACCGCAAGGGAUACAGUGGGCCUUCUCAGGAGGAUCAUAGCGCAGGCCCGAUGGGGGAACGCCGGAGAGCUGAUGGAGAUUAUUCGCAGGGAAGGGCGGAGAAUGACUGCUGCACAGCCAUCAGAAACUACCGUGGGAAACAUGGUACGUCGCGUCCUGAAACUUGUCCGUGAAGAGUAUAGUAGGCUGCGAGGACGUAGUGAGGAGAAUGACCAGCAGGAGUCACUGCAUAAUCUGGUUACCGCAGAGGGUUUGAGUGAUGACUUCAAUACUCCAUUACCCCAGCUGAAGGCCAAUGUGAUUGAAGCCGUGAAUGAACUGCUGCUGGAGCUUGAGGGAACCACAGAAAACAUCACUGCGCAAGCCAAGGAGCACAUUCAUUCCAAUGAGGUCAUCAUGACCAUUGGUCGGUCACAAACAGUUCAGCUAUUUCUGGAGGAGGCUGCCCGCAAGAGAAAAUUCCACGUUAUCGUGGCAGAGUGUGCACCCUUCUGCCAGGGCCAUGACAUGGCUGUCAGUUUGUCCAAGGCUGGUAUUGAGACCACAGUGAUCACAGACGCUGCUAUCUUUGCUGUAAUGUCUCGAGUGAAUAAAGUCAUCAUUGGAACAAAGACCAUCCUAGCAAAUGGAUCUCUGCGUGCUGUGUCUGGGACACAUACAUUGGCUUUGGCUGCCAAACACCACUCUACUCCACUCAUUGUCUGCGCUCCUAUGUUCAAGUUGUCUCCACAGUUCCCCAAUGAGGAGGAUUCGUUUCACAAAUUUGUCUCUCCACAAGAGGUUCUGCCUUUUUCAGAAGGUGAAAUCCUGUCCCAGGUGAGCGCUCACUGCCCGAUUUUUGAUCAUGUUCCACCUGAACUUAUCACACUGUUUAUUUCAAACAUAGGCGGCAAUGCUCCAUCUUAUAUAUAUCGUCUGAUGAGUGAGCUGUAUCACCCUGCUGAUCAUGAACUUUGAUUCCUGGCACUGCUACCGUUUUACUCGUUAAAUUAAUAAA